AUGAUCAUUUUUGAUAUUCGAAAAUUUUAUUUUAAUUAUGAGGUCAGGUCCUCCGCCUUCAGAACCGCACACUUCGUUACUAGUUUCUCCUCUCCGUCUUCAAAAGAUAAAUAUGUCAAAAAUUCAACAUCAUCGAUUGUUUUUCCUACAAAAUCUAGUCGUCUACGGUUCGCAUUACAUAGGAUAAGAAAAAUGUUAAAGCGUAUACCCUUUGAAAAACGACGAAUGAAGUUACUAACGUUUAUUACAUUGGUGAUUGUAUCUACGGUAUUUAUAAAGGGGAUAUUAAUGAUUUCUUCUUUUGUAACGUCAUGGAUUGAUGAUGCUCCCACUCUUACAUUCGAAAAACAAAACUAUUCACCGGUUAAAUAUUUAGGAAUAGGUCCGAACAUAUCAACAAGGUUACCAAAAGGGGUUACAAUUUAUCACAUCACCAAAGAAUUUGGAGCAGCAACGUUAGGAGGAUUGGGAGAAUUAGUGACGGGGUUAUCUCAAGCACAAUCAAAAAAUUCAUCAUUAAACGUCAAUGUAAUUAUGCCAUAUUACUCAUAUUUAAGUAAAUUAUAUAGACCUCAUAAAUACGCACAUUUAUCCAUAAAAAUUCGCGAUAAAAGCGGUAAAUGGAAGAAUGUAGGAUUUUUGGUUUAUCGUACUUUGUGGAAUACUUCAAAGAAUAAUAUUUUAACGAGUAAUUCCGAGAUACCAUCGGGUAUUCUUAGUGUAUUUAUGAUCGGACCAGCAUCAAAUAUGAUACCAUUAAAUACGGCAUUUAAAGCGUCAAGUAUAGCAAAGAUCAAAAAUUCAAAUUCAAAAUUACUACCUGAAUGGAAAGAUUUGUACUUUUGCAAAGCUGCCGCUGAGCUCAUUGCGUAUAGAAAUACAAUAAUUGACACUUCGUUAUUCGCCAUACAUGAAACAAGAGGUGUGGAUGUUGUACACGUUCAUGGUUCAACCAACGCAUUUAUGAUUGAAUUUCUUGAUCAUAUUAAUCAUGGUAAAAAAUUUGGAAAGAAAAUUCCCGCUGUAGUUUACACGAUACAUGAUUAUUUAGAGGAACAGAUUUAUUCAAAUGAUCUCACGAAUAUUCAAAAAUUUCUUGAUGUUGACGUAUUCCAAGUAGGGAAACCUCAAUAUUUUCAUAAUGAUCGAAUGUACAUGUCAGGCUAUGCGAUUGAUAACGCGCAAAUGGUGACUUUUGUAUCAAAAGAUUUGGCAAGGGAAAUGGUUGAAUGA